AUGUCAGGUAUUCAAGAGAUACAAAGCUUAGUUCUUGCUGGUGUUGCUGUCUGUACUGUAACCGAUGUUAGUGUCAAUCUCAACGGAUUUCUUGCUGCCGCUAUUGCUGUCUGGAGCACCGCGCUUCAGCAAUUACUAUGUACAUUAUCUACAACGGAAAUAUAUUCGCUCGGUUCUUUCAAUUUACUAGCGCAUACCGUUCCAGUACAAGCUGCAUCGUUGUUGUUGGUCGGACCAUUUCUAGACUACUGGUUGACUAACCAAAGAGUGGAUGCAUACAACUUUUCAUUUGUAUCUCUGAUGCUAUGCAGUUUAGGAAUCGACAAGAAACAACAAAUAUGUUUGAAAACAUGUGGUUAUGAUCAGAUCAACCAUCUGUCUGAAGAUGUUUUGAGAUUGAGGAAGAUCUCAGGAUGGAGAUUGAUGUGGAGGAAGAUAAUGAUGAUGAAGCAAAAGAAGAAGACUCAGAUUUUUGAUCAUCGUGUUCGUUAUGAUCCUUUCACUUAUUCCCAAAACUUUGCACCAUCGCGUAUCACGAUGAUCCUCUGA